AUGUCGAACUCCAAAUUACGUGACUACCCCGCCGAAUUGCUCUCACGAAUUGGAAAAAAGUUGUAUCUGAACACCGAAUUGGCCGACGUGUACUUCGUGUUCGAAACCAGCGACAAACCAGCCCAGAGUAUUCCGGCACACAAAACAUUUUUGGCCGCUGCCAGCGAUGUCUUUGCCGCCAUGUUCAGUGGAGCGUGGAUAGAAAAAAAUGAAGUGAAGAUCACUGAUGUGUCGGGGCCUGUAUUCAAGGAAUUCUUGCAGUUCUUUUACUUCGACCGUGUCACGGUGACCACCGAAAAUGUGGCCAAGGUCAUGAAAUUGGGCCAUAUGUACGACGUCGCCGAAUGUUUGAUGGUUUGCGACAAGUUAUUGAAACGUAAUCUGGAUGAAAACAACGCGGUCGAGUGUUACGAAUUGGCGAUGCUUCUUGAGCAAGAAACUUUGUUGGAAUCAUGUGAAAAGAUGAUCGGCUACAACGCCAAAGCGGUAUUCCAAUCAAAUGACUUCCUGACAUGUAAUGCGAAAACCAUGUCGCAAAUUGUGAAGCUGAAUUGGUUGACGUGCUCUGAAAUUGAGCUCUUCGAAGCGUGUAUGGCAUGGAUCAAAGCUGGAAGCAAGCAGGAUGUCGUGACAAAACAAAUGGUGGAAGAUCAACUCGGCGAUUCAUUCUAUGACAUUCGCUUUGGAUCGAUGACAUUCAACGAAUUUGCUACUCUCAUUCCUUCAUAUGGGGAAAUAUUUUCGCGUAUGGAAUAUCAAGACAUCAUUCAAAUCAUCGCCGAUAAGGAUUUUCAAUCGAAUAUGUUCAACGGAAUUCGUGAACAACGCUCCGAAAUAAAUCCAUGGAAUAGAAACAUUUUCCCGCAUUUGGAAGAUCAUAUUUUAUGUCGUUUUCUUUCACUUACCAGCUUAUAUUAUAUCAGUAAAAUGGAAAAAACAGUGUUCUCAACUAGCUAUCCAAUUUUCUUGCACAGAAUCAAACGUGUUUCGGUAUAUGAAUAUAAGGAUGGUCAAUAUCAUCAACCAAUGACGGGCAUGCAAUCGGAAGUUACAAUUAUCGAAAUCAAAACCUCAAAAACAGGUGAAGAAAUCGUAAUGUACCGUGGUAAAACAACCUUGUACCAUGCAUAUUUGCCAAAACCAAUUCUCAUUCGACCUGGUUAUCAAUAUGAAAUUCGGAUGAAACAAAAUCCAACAAAAAAAUUUUGCACCAAAUUCCUAUUAAAGGAAGAAGUGAAAGUAAAUUCGGACAUCACCAUACGAUUCGCCGCUUGUGAAGAAAACAAAGGAAGAGGUCUUAUUGAAUGUCUUUACUUCUAUGUAAUUUAA